CUGGACACCCUGGAGAAGGAGCUGAGAGCCCGGGAACAGUACUGGCAUGGCCAAGAGCAAGAAGAGAUGCGUCUAGCAGAACGCCUGGGGCAGCUGAGCCACGAGCUGCUCUCCAUUCCGGGCAAAGAUGCUCGGCAGCGGCUGAGGGCUGCUGAGGAGGCCCGGGCAGCGCUGGAGUCCUGCUGCCUGCAGGAGACCGAGAGGAGAGCCAGAGCCCUGAGCACACAGAGCAGCUCAGAGCGGAGCCUGCUCUCCCAAGCAGACAGAGAGGAGUGGGAGCAGGAGGUGCAGAUGAUGCUAGGCAUGCAGGAAGUCCUGCAGAGUUUAGGACAGACAGCAGAAAAGCUCAGGCAGGCAGUGGGCCGGCUGCGGGGCCAGGAGCAGGAGAUGUGGCUACAGCAGCCUAGGAGUCCGAGGCCCCAGAUCUGGAACCGUCGCAGGAAGGUGGUUGAGCAUCUCUCUGAUGAGUUUCAGGAGGUGGUAAGGGAGAGACAGAACUUUCUGGAUAGGGCCCUUGGUCACCUGCAGUACCAGCGGGAGCUGAGCCGCCUCCACCUCUUGCACACCCAGAUCGUUGCCUCAGGCUCCCCUGCAUGUUUGGAGAAUUACCCUGGAGACAGAUUCUAUGGAAUGAUCCCCACUUCUCUCAGGGCCCGGGCUGCUGCCUGCCCGCUCUUGAUCCCCUUCCUGAAGAGCCUCACGGCAUCGCUAGUGGGAGCUCAAGGCCGUGGCCCAGGCCAGGAGGACCAGGGGCCAGGAGCAGAUGCAGAUAAAGCUGACAUCAUGUGGACCUCACCACUCUUUUCUACCCUAGAGAAAGUAGACAUCUGGUCCCAAGCCCCCAAGGAAGAAGCUGAACUACAAGAACAGGUGCAUCACCCGCUAGCCCCCAACAGCUCUUUGCAGGAUGUCCCAAAACCUCAGUUAAUGCAGAAGGAAGAGCUUAUCACUGUGCAACCCACAGACCUUUCUGCCAGGGAGUUCGUGGUUUGCCAGUAUGACCUCUCCGUCCUGAACCUCCUCAUCCCCGAGCUGCAUGCUCCUGAAAUCACCCUGCAGAUUGUUUCUCGUCUUCCUGCGAUGGAUGCUUCAGACAAUGCCUUCCAAGGCUCCUUCUUCUAUCAGAGCGCUGAAAACACACUGUUUGUUGGGAGAGAGUCUUUGGCGUCUGCGAGGAGUUUCAUUCUGCUGCUGAUCCACUGCCUGGCCCACAUCGCCACCGAGGACUUCCGCCAGGAUGCAAACCCUGCCUUUCUGAGGUCAUUUUACAAGGGCCUUCGGGCUUAUUUCGGGGAAGCAUUCUCAACCACCCUGCGGGUGUCUGCGAUCUCCUGGGACAGUAAGCUUGACCAGAGCAUAAGCGCUGCUCUGUGGGACGAGCAGCCCAUCUCUGAAAGAGGAAGAGAUCUUCUCUCUUUACUCCUUGAAAGGAAGUGUGAGUCUUGCUUGGAGCCCGAGUCAUCGGAAGAGAUAUUUCUGGCUUCCCCAGGUGGCACACUGCCUUGA